CGCGCUUGUAAACAAGACAACAUGGCGGCGACUGUGACGGCGGCGGCGGCGGCAGCGCUCAGCCUCCUGCAGCGUCGCCGAACGGGUCUGGCCGCGGUGGCGACCGCCGCUUCGUCUUCCUUCUCCUCCUCGCCGUCCGCCUCGUCCUCGUCGUCGUCUUCUUGCUCUCCCUCGCGGCCUCUGAGGGGCUUCGCGGCCUUGCCGUUCUCGGCCGCGAGAGGCUACAGUUCUGAGGCGAAAGCGGGCGGCGAGGAGGAGCUGCGGGUGCGCUACUUGGACGACGAGCACAAAGGAAUUGUAGUACUUGGACUAAACAGAGCACAUGCAAAAAAUGCACUUAAUAAAAACCUUGUAAAAAUGAUGUCAAAAGUUAUGGAAGCUUUGAAAAGUGACAAAAAAGUACGGACGGUUAUAUUCCGAAGUGAAGUUCCUGGGGUGUUUUGUGCUGGUGCUGACCUUAAAGAAAGAGUCAAAAUGCACUCUAGUGAAGUAAGCUCUUUUGUCUCAAAAGCAAGGGCAACUAUUAAUGAAAUGGCUAACCUUCCAGUACCAACUAUUGCUGCAAUAGAUGGCAUUGCAUUAGGUGGCGGCCUAGAAUUAGCUUUAGCCUGUGACAUAAGAGUGGCAGCUACUUCUGCAAAAAUGGGUCUCGUUGAAACGAAGUUAGCUAUCAUUCCUGGUGCAGGAGGGACGCAAAGGCUACCACGUACAAUUGGAGUGUCUUUGGCAAAAGAACUGAUCUUUUCUGCACGUGUAGUUGAUGGUGAAGAAGCAAAAUCAAUAGGAUUGGUCAGCCACGCCGUGGAACAGAAUGACGCAGGAGAUGCUGCUUAUAGAAAGGCGUUAUCUCUGGCAAGAGAAUUUUUACCUCAGGGACCAGUAGCAAUGAGAGUUGCAAAACUGGCCAUCAAUCAAGGAAUGGAGGUGGAUCUGCUAACCGGUUUAGCAAUUGAGGAAGCUUGUUAUGCUCAGACUAUUCCAACAAAAGACAGAAUUGAAGGUCUUCUUGCUUUUAAAGAAAAAAGACCCCCUCGCUACAAGGGAGAAUAGAAAAAACAACAACACAUACGCCUUUAGAAAAACAAAUGAAAUACACAUGCUACAGGAAAGACUUUUCAGCUGGUUUCUUUUUUUGCCUCAGAACCUGGAAUAUCGCAACCAAGAAAGUAACCGUUAACCACCCAUACUUUGAUCUAUAAUGUAUUCAGAUGCAUAUUUACCCUUAAAAGUUUCUCAAAACUUCUGUGUGUAUUUUCGAGGUCAUUGAGUUAUACAGCACUUUAUUCCAUAUCUUUGAAUUGCAUUCCUUAUCGGGUAAAUAUGUUGAAUGCCUAAUGCAGACAAAGCUUAAGAGAACACCAGAUGUACAAGUCUUCUGCUGUUGGAACAAAAAAAAUAAAAUUCUGCACACCCAAACAUGUGAAAUGGACUGCAUAAAGUUUCUAAAUGAAUCUUUCGAUCACAAAUACCAUGCUUGUUCUCUACUUGAAUGUAUAGAGUUAGCUGAAUUGAUGAGGAAAAGCAACUGGGUGAUCAGCUGUUCAUAUAUUCUGUUGGUAUAUGAAAUCCAUUUGGAAACUUUAUUGUGGUGUUGCACAGUUGUAAAAGGGUGAUUUGCUAUAUUAAUACCAUUGUGCUAAAGUUCAGCUUUAGUCCAGUUUUAAUAAUAAAAUAGACUGAACUUAGAUUUCCUCUCAGAGCUUAUUUGAGUGCAACACGACAUAGGUCAUGAACUGUGGUAUUUUCACACCUGAUGCCGAAUGCACCUUGGAGCUACUUUUUGGCUAGUAGUGUGCAUGCAUGAAUAUUGUCAAUGUAGAAUAAAGAGCCUCAUAGAAUAAUGUUAAAAUGUUUGUAAGGACUGUCUUAUACACACACAAAAAUCACGACCACCAUUAUAGCCUGAUAGUAAACAUGUCUACUCUAAAGUUGUCACCAGAAGGUUUGCAUAGCGCCAUAGCUAAGUGUCUUGUGGAAGCACAUUUCAAUUGAUGUUCUACGUGAAAUAAGCUAAGGGGAAAAUGGAAAAUGUGAAAAGCAGUUCUUUUGCAGCAUUGUGGAAAUCAUUUCUACAUUUGGGGUUCUGUUCAACUAAGUCCUACUCAGAAUAGACCCAUUGCAAAUCAUUAAUCUUUAAACUUAUUCAUGUCCAUUAACUGGUGGGAAAGUUGGCCCAUUUCCUGAGAUAAUCAGAACCCACACUAUUUGGUAAAUAUGAGAAUUGGACAGGAAUGGCAUAUUCAUUGGAAACGUUUCCUUUAAAAAUGUAUAUCAUUAAACCCUAUUUAAUGUU